GAUUAUGGCAUGAAUCCCCUGCCUUCCACUCAGUGCCAGUGCACGCUGGAGUGAGAGUUGCCUCCUUUUCCUUCCUUUUCCUGCAGCAUCUGUUUAUCUAUUGGACAAGGACUGACACUGACUGAAUUCACUGCUAAAUUUGCCACAGCUAAGGUUAAACAAAAGGAAACAAGUGAUGCCGUCUGUGCCAAUGCCCACUAGGAGCAGAAGUCUCAAACCUGUGAGCUUGGAACCCUCACUCAGAACUACAGCAAGUAUUGAGGAUGUUCAUUGCCCCCAUGGUGUCAGUCUUCCAUAGUUAAGACUGUCACAGGAUAAGAAAACACUAAUGACAAACUUCUGAAAGACCUUCCCUAUUUACUUGAGGCAAAUUUUGUUUCUAUUAACUAUUAGGCUCCUUCUGAAUAAACCAUCAAAGUCAUUACAAAGUCUUUAGACAAGGCAAAUAGUAGAAUUUGUGAUUGCUGGAACAGAGAGGAUCUGAGCAGUAACAGCUGCUGCCACUGCUAGUCAAGGUCCUGUGCAAUUUUCCUUGUUUUUCAAUUGCUGAACUUUGCUACAUAUUCUAUUAGUGAUGCCUUUUUAUCUUAUAUAGUGACUAUUAUAACUUCUGUUCUUCAGUAAAGUGGGGAAAAUAUUCAACCUGUCAGUUUGAAACCUAUCUAAACAAAAUGCUACUCAGAUGUACUGACUGGACAAGCUGUGCAUAGCUUCCUGCUGGCCUCUCUUGCUCUAGUUUAGUAACAGAUCACAGAAUCAGUAAGAUCACCUAGUCCAACAAUCAGCCUAACACCACUGUGCCUGCUAACAACGUCCCUCAGUGCCAUAGUGCUAGGUGAAAGAAACAGGAUAUAUGGGACAAACAGUUCUGAAAUGAAAUCUGAAAAGAGCUUCACAGUUAUCUAAAGUACAGAUUUGUCACUUCUGGCAACUGGAGAACAAAUGGGAAAAUUUGCUCUGAUUUUCCACAGAGACCUGUAUCUUCCUGAGCUGCACUCUCCAGAGAUAAAUCUGUUCCAUGUGUUUCUGCGGGCUGCUCCAAAGUGGAAGGACUUGCAGGCAGCAGAGCAGAAAUGCUCCCCAACACCUUGUCCUGCUCCUCCGUGUGCUCUGCUUAGGCUCUGCCAUUUUGCAGCCAUGCAUCAUAUCUGUCUGCGGCUCACAUGUGCAUGAUCUCCAUGGCGACUUGGGCACUCGAGGUAGAAAUAUGAGCUGCAUCAUCUCCCCCUGUUGUCCAUCGACAUAAAAUGCAGUGUUCUGGAACAUGAGAAAGGCGAUACGUUUCCUCCAGUUCUUUGUAAGCUGAUAUGAAGUAGACAGACACCUUCUGAAGUUUUGCGCAUGCUGUGCUCUUUUUUUUUUUUUUUUUUUUUCUUUGCUGCAACAAGAAAAGCCUUUUCUUUUAACCUGGCUUCCUUUGAAGAAGUAACUCAGGAAGCUUCAUGGCCUCUCAAGACUCUCAAGGGCAAACAAACCCAGUCUUUAAGGACUACCUCCCUGGUUCUUCUGACCUGCCAGAGCAGGACAAGCCUACUGAGCCUGCAGGCCUGUGGAAGCAAGCCUCAGACAUGCAUAACUUGCCGCCAGGACUGGAGUACCUGAAGCAGCUUGACCGGAUCAUUAUUCAUCAGCAGGUGGAGCUCCUUGAAGCCAUACUUGGCACAGAGACCUGCAGCAAAUAUGAGAUAAAAAACCAUUUGGGACAAAGAGUUUACUUUGCAGUGGAAGAAAAUGGUUUCUUCAAUCGUAACUUGUGUUCACCUAUAAGGUCUUUCACCAUAAGGAUUGCUGAUAACUCUGGUCGAGAGGUGAUUACAGUGAAUAGACCCUUGAGAUGCAACAGCUGCUGGUUCCCUUGCUUCCUGCAAGAGUUAGAAGUUCAGUCCCCACCAGGUACAGUAGCUGGUUACGUUGUACAGAACUGGGACCCAUUUCUGCCUAAGUUUACGAUACAGAAUGAAAGUAAAGAAGAUGUACUAAAAAUAAUUGGCCCAUAUGCAACUUGUGGCUGUUUUGACGAUGUUGACUUUGAGGUAAAAGCUCUCAAUGAAAUGUCAACGAUAGGCAAAAUUUCCAAGUACUGGUCUGGAUUUGUGAACAACGUCUUUACCAACACUGCUAACUUUGGGAUCCAGGUCCCAGUAGAUCUUGAUGUGAAAAUCAAGGCAGUGAUGAUUGGUGCCUGCUUUCUCAUUGACUUAAUGUUCUUUGAAAACUCUCUGGAUGGCUUAUAACAAGAUGACAGAAACAAUAAAAUAUGCAGAAUGUGUUUCAUCCACCUUGCCUGAGGCCAUUCGAGAACAAACACCUCCUUGGGACACAAUUAUCUUUUCUCUUUGGCAAGCUCAGGUAUUCUCGAUGUUAAGACUGUGCAAUAGGAGUUUUCUCUUUUUCAGGUAAGUUUUACAUAACUGCUGACUCCUGCAGUCACAGUAUUUAAUAAUACUGCUUCUAAGCAUUCAUGUCAACACAGGCUUUUAGGGACAACCUGGGGAUUAGACCCAGCCAGUGCAGAUUCAUGAAAGGCAGGUCCUGCUUCACCAACUUGAUCUCCUUCUUUGAUCAGGUGACCCAUCUGGUAGACAAGGGAAAGAGUUUUGAUAUAUUCUACCCAGACUUCAGCAAAGCCUUUGACACUGUCUCCCAUGGCAUUCUCCUGGAGAAGCUGGCAGCCUGUGGCUUGGACAGGUGUACUCUUCACUGGGUAAAAAACUGGUUGUAUGGCCAAGCCCAGAAAGUGGUGAUGAAUGGCGUUAAAUUCAGCUGUUCCCCAGGAGUCAGUACUGGGGCCAGCUCUGUUUGAUGAUUACUGAUUGUUUACUGAUUAUCUGGAUGAGGGAUUUGAAUGUAUCCUCAGUAAAUUUGCAGAUGACACUAAGCUGGGGGAAAAAUGUUCAUUUUCCCAAAGGUAGGAAGACCCUACAGAGGGAGCUGGGUAGUCUGGUUUGAUAAACUGAGGCCAGCAUUCAUUAUAUUCCUGCAAGACCUAAGAACAUUUUGUUGCAAAGUAUUUGCUGUAUGAACUUACUUACACCUCUCUUAAAAACUGAAAUGAGUUCUUCAAGAAGCAGAGAAGUACCAUAAAAUACUGGUGGAACAGUUUCCAAGGGGAGCACCUUACAAAUUGCCUGGAAUACUGGAUUUUGUAACACAAACUGGUAAUUCACUUCUUGUAAAUAACCAAACACAUCAGCGGAAGGGAGAGGAGAUGAUGAAUAAUUCAUGAAAAUGAAAAAGAGCUAAAUUUAUCAGGUGAUUAAUUCUCAACAAAUAUUUAGACUAAUUUUAAUUUUAUGUUCAUGGGUAUGAAUUCAAACACAGUAAAUCCAGGAAGCUGCAACUAACGCUCCCAUAGUGAAAUUAACUCAGGAACGUUUACAGAUUUAAACAGUAUGUUUUAGAUUAUAUACCACACUUAGGUGUUUAUACAGAUUUACAUAUGUCUUGAAAAUAACUGCGGUUAACAAGGUCUGACAAUCAUCAUUAUUUGUUAACCGUUUCACUACCAGCUCUCGCUAUUAAUUCCUAGCAGCGGCUGGGGCUACAGUCGGCAGAACAGAACUCUGGAGCACUGCUGUUUCCCUGUGCACUAGUUAUGAGCUUCGUGGGCAAGACGCUCCCUCCUGUGGAGAUGUGUGGUUUUGCAGAAGGGCCGAGGUGACGCCAAUUUUCUUUUCUCGCGAGUGUAAUUCUAUUGAAUUCAGUCCUUUCACUCUUAAAUUCCCCUAAAGCAAAUUGAGUAAAAGAACCAGAUUCCUAUUUUAGUUUAUUCCUUUAAAUCACCUUGCUGCUUUAGACAGAAGCAACUGUUCUUGCAGCCACAGUCUUGCUUCUCACACCAAACCAUGCUCUUACAUUGGUGCUGUGUGUAGCUGAAUAGCAGUGCCUGCUGAGACCAGCAAUCCCCCUGUUGUUUGCCACUUUUCAUCUCAAAUCUCCAGCCUUCUGAUAUCCCUUAACAAGCCGAAUACAUCUUCGAAACAAAUGUGUCCAACUCACACUGAAUCUAAUAGAGCUGUUUUUACCUGCGGGGCUGAAUUUGGCUGUCAGUGUCCUUCUAGGUGAGCAACGUGUGCUUGCAUGUUUUCUUAUAUACUGCAACCAGGUGACGAUAUUGUAGUUCUUGCACUUACUGACUUGGUUGCUGUUUUUGUGUGUUAUUAUGUUUUCUUUUUCUUGAAAAACAAACAAACAAAAAAACCCCAACACUUGCAUAUGUGUAUGUAUGAAUGCGCUGUUUAAACCCAGUGGCAGCCUCCAACAUGACCCCAAACUGCCUCGGCCUCUGGAAAAAGCAAAGCAUGGGAGCUGGGACAGCUCUUGCUACCAAGGAGAACUUCCUCUGCAGCCUGCUUAGCCUUGCUCUUACCCCUCAGUAUACAGGCAGAAAUGUAGUGCCAAUGCCUGCACUUUUACAACUAGAAACUCCCUACUUAUGUGAGGAUAAGAAUUUGGGCUCACCAAAGAUGAAGUUCAUUGUGAUAUCACCAAAGGAAAGUUAACAUUAUUUAAAAAAUAAAAAUAUUCAGCUGUACAAACUUCCUUAUUAAUAGCAAUCUACUUCACAUUUUGGGAGCUCUUUACAAAACUCACAUUGUUCAGUUGCCCAGUGGCUCCAAAGCCCAAACAAGAAUUCAGUAUUUCCUACAAGGACAGGUACAGUCUAAAGUAGAUGCAUGUCUUAAACAUCUACACAGAAAUAUGUUUGUUCUAGUGAAAACCUUAAUUCAGCCAAGUAACUGGUUUCCCACUUGAUGGCUAUCUGCCGUGUUGAUCUGUGUGAUGUGUUGCUGUUGUGCUCGGUAGAUGGCAGCAACAGUUCAUUAAUAGAAUGGCUUUCACAGAUCACAAGGUGUACUUAAGACACUGAUUAAAAAGGCAGCACUUCCUUUUGUCAGCCUCAAAUCUAGUAUUCUGCACCUGGACUAUCUCUCCACCUUCCUUGGGUGGAGGAGGGAAAAGCUCUGAUUCCAGGGCACUCUCCACCUUCUGUAGAAACAAAGUGGUGUGCCUAAAGGAAGCUGCUUUGUGGUGUGGUCACUGGAAGAAUGGGGAGUUUCUAUGGGUAAAAUGCCUUUGUCUCUGUGUCAUAUUGUCUCUGUGUCUCUGAUGCAUUGCAGUGUGCUGUCCUGGGGCAGAGGGGUGGAAACCCCCAGUACUGCCACAACCCCAGAUGAAAACAUACCUGGGAAGAGAGUGGCAACACAGCAUCUCUGUAAGCUCUGAGAUUUUCUGGUUAUCUAAUAUAUUUGGGGAUAUGAAAGUAAAUCUCUUGGAAGACUUUGUGCAAUUAACAAAACAACAAAACUUUUCAAUUUCUUUGUUCUCUAAUUAGACAAAUGUUGAAAUUAUCCCAACUCGGUGUUUUCUAAUG